AUGCAAAAGGUUUGCGCUGUCUGUGAUGGCCAAUCGUCUGGAGGAAAGAGUGGUGGAAGACGUAAAACAAAAGGAGGAGGAAAGAGAGACCAUUACAAGGCUCAAGAUCAACUUUAUCGUCUGAACGGGCAAAAAGUAGCCAAAUCGGUUGAGGAUUUAUCACAAAAGGUUGUAGACUUGGAGGAGAAAAUCAUACAAUUGAAAAAUCAGGCGAAAACUGAUAAUCAACACAUUAUAAACCUGAAAAAACAGUUGAACAACGAUAAUAAUAAUGCUCAAAAUCUCAAAAGACGACUUGUGAAAGCGGAUCAGGACAUCAAGAAAUUGACUGAUCUAGUUGAGAUAUCUGACAACAUCCGCGAAGAUUUCGCUAUUGAAAUCUCCCAACUUCGCCAGGAAGACAAAAGAUUGAAAUUGAAACUUGAAAACCUAAAAACCGAUUCAAAAUCUGAAAUUUGUGCAUUGAAAGAACAACUCCAGAAUUGUGAAUCUCAAAUCAUCCAACUCCAAAACAAUCUGAGCCAAUUUAAAGUCAGUUUUGAAGAACAAGGUAUCGAGAGUCUGUUCCUCCAGGAGACCAUCCACGAGAAAGAUUUGUUGAAUGAGGAACUUAGUCAAGCGAUCAACAAAGUUGUUCGGGAGAAUGAAGAGCUGAAAUUGAGAAUCAGAGGGCUGGAAGCUGAAAGAGAAUAUUUUCGAGGCCAUCGAACUGAAAAUAGAUAA